AUGACAUUCCAUCACGGGAGAGCAUUUAAUAAGCGCCUUAUCGAGGCACAGAGCGCGUGCUCGCCCUUAUUGACGGAGAUUGGCGCAAAUUCCGAGGAGAUCCGAGAGAGGGUGGCGUUGAUUGAGGCCGACUGUCGGAUCAGAUCUGGGGAAAUAAAAUCCACAAGCACGCAUCUUCUUCUCCUUCGCUCGGUUUCUCACGCUGCGAAGGCCGGUACGCCACUUCUCCCUCCUUCGCCAUCACUCCACCAAAGGGGCCGGCGAUACGCCACCACUCCACCGCCGCCGGCCGGCCAUCUCCUCUCCAUCUUCCCACCGUCAUUUUCUACCCGCGAUUCCAGCCAACGCCAUCAUUUCCUCCAGUGGCUCUUCGUGAUUGUCUGCCCCGACGUGCCGACACCAGGAUCCAGGCCACGACGGAGUUUCUCUACUUCAGAUCCAAACCGCAACCCUCUUCUCUUCGGGCUAGAAGAUAAGGGGGCCUUCAUAGUCAACAUCCGGCCACGACAUCUCCAAGAUUUGGCCGCCCUAAGCAAGCAGCGGUCCUCUUUCGGAGAGCUCUUCACUUUAUGCUUAGCACUGGCUUCCCACAGACAUCUCCGGCCUUCAUCAGAUUCUGAACAGCAAGCUUCUUCUUCAAUGGAGGAGAUCACCAAGGAGUUUGAGGAGAGGAAGAUUGAACUCGAAGCUAAGGCUCUAGAGAUCUAUCAGGCCUCAGACGCUGAUAUCAAGGUAUGUUGCUGAAAAAUUUGUACAUAACAAUGUGAUUUCUUAAUCAAGAAACUACU